AGGCCGGAAGACCGAAUCAGCUUUGCGUGUGAGGAGUGGAUGUGUGUUUAUUCAAUGUGAAUGAAAUAAUGCAAUGAGGUGUAUUGCCGUCGCCUAUACUUCACUUCCAUAUCUCCUGCUUGGACGAUAGUGCUGCGUCUGCUCUUGAGCUGAGAGUUGAAGAGGAAGGAUAAGGGAAGAUUUGUACGUGUCGGAGCAGAUGUCAGUUAAAAUUUGGGGAAUAUUUGAAGCGGAUGAGUCAACCUGCGGUGAAGAGGAACACUGUUUUGAGUUUACGUUUCACGGCUAAAAAAUGGAAGAAUGUCGAGAAGGAAAUGGAGCUUAGCAGACGUCAGUUUCAUAACUACGGGUUUGAUUUGUGUAGGUAGUAUUAUAGACCUUAGAUGAUAGCAGACGCCAGAUUUGAUAAUUGAUGACUUAUGGGAAAUCUGCAGCUUGGAGCAGACGUCAGCUGAAAUUAAAGAAUGAAAGAAUUAUUUAAUGGUGAUCAGGUUUAUUAUUUGGGAAUUCCAUUGUGCAUUCAAAGAUGCUUAAUGCAGGUGUUAGAUUGAAAAAAGUGAAGGAUUAUUUUGUGGUUGUAAAUAUGUGGUGAAAUUCAACUGUGGAGACACAGAGACACAGGAGGUUACUAAUCAAUCAAUAUUGGAAUUUAAAGCACCUCUGUGGAAUAAAUCAGUUUGAACUAUGGAUUACGUGAGUUAUCGCCCGUCUUCAGUUUGGCUGAUUUCAUGAGGGAUACAAGGGAUUAUCACAUGAAAGGAUUAUCCAACUGAUUCAGGAUUAGUGACGAUUUGAAGGAUUAUAUGACAUGGUGGCUGGAAAUGAAAGGAAGGAUUUAGCAUGAAGCAGAAAAAUACAACCAACAUGGAUCUCCACCUGGCGGCCUUGACUUCACUAAAAGGGGAGAUAAUUGAUCUAAAUAAUCGACUUCAACAUGUAACUAGUGAAAGAGACCUUCUUGAAAAGCAGCUAACGAAAGUACAGAGUGAAAAGCUGCAUCUCCAGCAUGAGUGCGAGGACCGCAUCGACCAGACUGCAGGGCGCUACGAGGAGAGAAUAACAGAGCUGCACAGCGUUAUUGCAGAAUUGCGCAAGAAGAUAGAACGCCACCAGAUUAAUGUGAUAAGGGAGGAGGAUGAGUUCGAGGAGUCGGACAAGAGCAACGAUGGUGGUAGCAUCAACGAGAACAACGCCAACGGAUCCCAGUCAGCUAGUUGUGAAAUCGGCAACGAGAUUAACGCCGAGUUCACCCGUGUGGUGACUGAGCUGGAGUCGGCCAUCGCGGAGAGGAAGGAGAUGGCUAUCGGCGUGGACGACGGAGAGAGAGAUGCCAUCCGGAGACUCACCCAGGAUGUGGACAAUGAUAGCGUGGACGAGAAGGCAGGGGAGAUCUGUGAAGACUUGAGUGGCCUCGGCCUUGGCCAGCCACCGACCUUGCCCCCUCGGCAGUUGCGACCCGCAAUGUUCCACCCACCUCCCCCACCGCCCCCGAACCAGUACCCUGACCCCGAGUACCUCCAGGAGGAGAUCGCCAGCCUCCGGGUCGAGAACAACACCCUGCAGGAACAGAUCGGCAAGCAGGAAGUGGACCUGAACAUGCUGCGUGAACACCUGGAGGCAUUGCGAGACGAACGCGAGAAGUUGAAACGGAAGGUUCGUGAGAUGCAGUCUCGGAUCCAGGUGAAGGAGAGUUCGUCUAGUCCUAACGACAGUCGGACGUCCACGCCGACCAAGUCGCAGCUGAACCAGUCCCAGCUGCAGAUGACCCCAAGCAAUGAUCAGUUCCCCGUCGCAAAAAUAGCAGAGUUGAAAAAAUUAAAAACAUGUGCCGGUGAUCGGCAGGUCUUGGGAUCUGAAAUUAGUUCAUUAGGGCUACCCAACACCAAGGUGGCCGAGCAUCUGGUUCAGAGUCUACAGGAGUGUUCCAAUAUGCAGGAGAUUGUUCAGACUCUGUACAAGUGUGGCAGUGAGAUCGGGGACACAAAGGUCAAGGAGUUUGAGAUUGAGUUUGAGAGGCUGCAGAGUAAGAUAGACAAUCUGAAAUCUCAGCAUGACCUCAAUGCCUUGACCUUGAGCGAGAGUAAAGCGUAUUCGGAGAGGCUUACAGUGCUCAUGGGGAAAUAUGAGUCGAACAAUACGGCCUUGAACUUGGCUAUCAACUACUCGGACCAGGCUAUAGAAGCGUAUGAGGUGUUGUGUGCUCUGCUGGAGACAGAGAUGGGAGUACUGCUGUCCAACUGCCGAGCCGCAGGACUUGGAAGUUUAGCAGGAGACUCCGGUAUCUGUGACGACCAAAAUGAGGUGACUGUCAUUCUACAACGGUCGCAUCACGCGAGGAAAACAGCUGAAAAUGUGGCCAAACACCUGCUUCACAAGAUGGAACGAUGUUGUACUGGUCAUGUGACUGGGUGUACUGCCAGUCCGUGGGAGGAUCUCUCGUCCAAUAGCAGGACAGCAAGCACAACUAGUUCAACUGCCAGUUCGGUGGACACAGACUUCAGCAAGAUAGAUGAGCAGCGGUUACGAGACUACAUCCAAUCUCUGAAGAAUGACCGAGCAGCGGUCAAGAUGACCGUGUUGGAACUGGAAAGCGUCCAUAUUGACCCAAUGUCCGAUGAACCCAAGAAGAUGCCAGAAGCCCAGAGACUGGACCUGGAGAAUGCUGUUCUCAUGCAGGAGUUGAUGGCCAUGAAGGAGGAGAAGGCCGAGCUGAAGGCUGGGAACUACCUGAUGGAGAAGGAAAAGCGAGCCCUGGAGCUCCGCCUCAGUGGCAAGGAGAGUCAGGAGCAGGCCUACCGGGUCCAGAUAGAACACCUCAAAUGUGAGGUGUUGGAGCAUCAACAGAAGCUCAUGGCCAACAAGGAUGGCAUGUACAAGAAGGAUAUCGACUGUGACCUGGCACCCAUGAUCUCAAUGGCGGAACUGCGGACCAACAACUCGAGCGACAUUGCGCAGGACCUCUGCGAUGCCCUGAAACGAGAGAAGAAGUUGAAGUCCCGGGUUCAAGAGCUCGUGUCAACACUAGAGAAGAUCUCCCGGAACUCUGAGAUCAGACAUCAACAGUCAGCAGAAUUUGUGAAUGACUUGAAAAGAGCAAACAGUGCCUUGAUAUCAGCUUUUGACAAAGCCAAGAAGAAGUAUCAGAGUAAACUAAAGAAGCUGGAGACACAGCUGCAAUCCAUGACAGAGAGAUACGAGACUCAGAUUCGGAUGUUAAAACAGAGAAUUUCCAUGUAUGAAAAUGAUGGUGCAAGGCCACCAACCAAUGAAACAUCAUUAUAGCAUAGGACCACCAUCAACCGACCCGAUACACAUCUCAUUGAUGGCUUCCUCACCAUGAGAGUUAUCUCCCUCAUCAAGGGAGUUAUCUCCCUUGGUAUCUCCACACUCUGCUCACCUACAAUUGUUAUGUUAAAGGAAGAUUGUUUGUGAAUUGAAACAUGUCCUUUAUUGUAAAGUUAGGAGCUGUGUCAAAUGUUUGCAUGUCAUUUCCACUUGUAAAGCUUACAUUGUUGAUGGAUCAUUUCGUUUUUGUAAGAUAAGGUCUGCAAAUAUGGAAAUAACAGAUAAGUAACUCUGAGAUAUUUUUUCUAGACCUGCUCAGAGGCUGGUAUUGAGCCCAAGGUCUACAGGAAACCAGGUUUCCCAGUUCAUGUUUACACAUAUGUAACUAAUACAGGACCAGUAAGGAGGAAGAGCAUUGAAUGCUUAAAUUAACAUGAUGGCAUAAGAACAUUCAAACAAUCCCAAUUUUAAAUCAGUAUUUUCCCAAAAUGCAUGCCAAGGACACUUUGUGUUGAAUCCUAAAUAUCUCCCUUCAGACAAGAGCCACAUGUAAGAAUGUCAAGUAGACCCUGUCUCAUGGUGAGCCAUUACUGGAUAUCUCCCAGCCGAUGUCACUUUGGGGCUUGUUUUUUGUGGGGAAGAAAGCUUCACUCCAAACAUUUCUAACAUUUUUUGUCAAGAAAGUGUAAUAUUUUCUAAACGAUUGUGGACUUCUGCUCAACAAUCUGAAGAUAUCCACAUCAGAUAUAGCCCUGGAAGAAAGUGUUGGACAUUUUGAUAAAGUACACAUCUCAUUGAUAGCUGCCUCGCUGUGAGAGUUAUCUCCCUUAUAGGAAUUAUGUCCCUUUUUAAAUGUGCAGUCACUCCACUUGCAGAAAGUUUGGAAUGAGGUUUUGAAAGAGAGCUUUUUCUUUCAGUGAUUUGAAUUGUAUGUGAGAAUAUUUGAUAUGUCAAAUCGUUUUAAGGUCAGUAAAUGCAGACUGUUUCAUGUUCACCAAUUGUUGCAAUGUUAUUGAGUUGAUAUUGGGCAUCAUGCCGUGGCAAGAUGGCGUUUUCACUAUUGAAUCUCAGAAUCUCUCCGCACCUCCUCAAAUUGUUAUUUUCAGCACAGCUCAAAAUGCUCUGGACACUCAAGUUGGGCACGUAAUGGAUAAUUUAAAUCAGAUAGCAACUUUAGACCACAGUAGAAAUGAGAGCCAAUCAGAUGGCACCCUACACCUUGAGAAUCAGGCAACAGCAUACAGGUAUACAUUAUGAUAGAGUAUAUGUCUACAGUCUAAGAAUGAGAGCCAAGUAAAUAGUGUGGCAGGUAGUAGGAUUGAUAACCAAUCAGAUCGCUUACAAGAGGGCCAAUCAGAUCACAGUCUGUGAAAAGAGCUUACAAGAGAGCCAAUCAGAUCGCAGUCUGUGAGCAGAGAGUAAUAAUAAGAGCCAAUACGAGCUUGUUCUUGCCUUCAAGGGACACUGGAAUGGACUUGACAAUCAGGAUAAUGGUUCAGAGUGUCCAGAACAAAGCCCUUCAACAAACGAAAAUAAUGAAUUCUCCCUAUUUACAGAAGACAUAGGGACUUAAUUCUGUAUGUCUUCUUGUUGUUCGGUAUGUGGUCGCGUGUAAAGUUGUAUCUGGACUUCCCAGUGAUGUACGCAUCAUUAGGUGCAAUAUGGCAGACACUGCAGAACUGGCAGGAGAAGCCAUUACAUCAUUGAUUACAUAGACCAUUCAAUACAAGUGGCCAGGGGUAUGUGGAACAUAAUCGGGGCAAAAUCUUAUUACCAGGAUCACACAUUUAUUGAAUGUGCGUAUAAAACGCUAGUUUGUACGGCUGUAUAUUGCACCCCUAUUUUUUCAUUUUCAUUGUACAAAACCUUUCAUAAUUUAUGCAGUGUAAAUACAUGUAGAUAGAUAAAUAUAUGGUAUUGUAACACUGCAGCCCCUGAGAUAAAAACUAUGAUGUUUCAUGUCUUGUCAUGUAUUGUAUUUUGAUCACAUGAAUUCAGAAUGAGGCUUAUGAGGCGGCCAUCUUGAUUCAUGUGCUCUUUCUUGAUUUAACUAUUAUUGUUUUGAGUAAGGCUAUAUGCUGCAUUGUGAAUUAAUGUUAAGCUUCUUACCAAUUGAAAAUAUCCAGUAAUAAUUUUUUUUUUUAUAUUACAGUAUAAUAUCUUUGAGGACGAUUUGAAAUUUCAUUAUUUCGGAUCAAGUACUGCAAAUUGUGCUCGUAUAAACAGAAGGUUGAUGUUAUUGUAUUAUCAUCUGUAUCAUAAACUUAUUGGCAUUAGAUGUAACUCUGGGCAUUUUACUUUUAAUUUACAAUCUGUGAUAAAUCUUCUUAUAAAUUGUCCAUAAUUUUAUUCUGAUCAUAGAUUUUGCACUGGUUUUCAGAUACACACAAAAAAUCACAAAGGGAGCUAACUCUUGAUUGCCCAAGCCAGAGAGCAAUGUUUGGAGUUUGUCGUGUGGCUUUGUGUUGCCCUGUGCAUAUCUUGUAUAUAAUUAGUUGUAUGGCAGUCACAGUUGUCACUGAAGUUUCCAUUAUUGCACAAUAUGUGUCCAUGAAGAAAAUACUGAGUGAAAAUUGCUGAUGUUGCUUUUAAUGGAACACCCAUUGGCCUGAAUGAUGAGAUCUCGCUUUGCAGAGUUGUCCCCCUUAGCUGCCUGGAUUUUGGGAUGGUGGUUGAAUAAAAUCGAUCCAAUGUUUCCCUGAUGAUGAUCCUUGGCUUGUCAGAACCACAACCAUGUAAGGGGGAAUUUUUCAUUUCACAAGAUUUGCCCCAUGUAAAACUGGACCUUCUUCUCAAUUUGUACAAUAGUCAUUGUCAAUCUUAUUAAAAUCAGAUCUUAGUUCUCGCUACCGCUAAACAAAGAUCUGAGGACAUCCCAUUACGAGUAAUGUCGGAACGACCUUUCAUCCGCCCAAUCAGAGCAUCGCAAAAAUUACCAGAUCAUGAACGUGACAGUCUGAAUUUGAUUUCUGAUAAUGCACCCUCGAAAGACAACACAAGGUAUUUCGAACGACAGUUUCAGGGCUUUAUGACUGAAUCCAUACAAUCUAGGUCAUCAAUGAGCCAUUUCAGAAUGUUCGUUUCUUCAGUUUUCAAAUUUUUAUUCCAGAAUUUGUCAAAAUAUGUUUCAAAGCAUAGUCAUAAUGGAAUGUCAUCAGAUCUUUGUUUAGUGAUAGGGAGAACUGAAAUCUGAUUUUAAUGAGAUUGUAGUCAUUGUUAAAUCCUCAAUUUUUCACUGGGUCAGCUUUAACACAAGUACUUGAAACAAAACUGUAGAUCAAAGCUAUUUUCAGAACACUGCCACAGUUUCCUAUCAUUGCUAUUGAUAAUGGAUUUUGCUUUUAAUUAUGGAUUUUAUUCCGGACACAGAGGCAAGGGGAGGAAACUCCAGACAUUAGUUAGUGGAUAUGAUAUUACCAUCUGGACUAGUCACGUUUCUUGGGUGCGUUCUGACCUUAAAUUCAGUGUUGUUGCACACUUGUUUCAAAGGUUGAGAAUGUGGACAUGUUCGGUACCAUAUGGGACAUUGUUUCCAGGACCGUAUUGGAUGUCAUAUAUUAUAUAAGAUGCCAUAUCUGGUACCUUUUGGAUGGAGAGAAUAUGACCUGUAGCAUAGAGGAUGGCAUAAGUCCAUCGAUAUGACCUGCACUAUACUGCAGAAACAUAUUUAGGGAUAAUGGGUAUUUUGGGGGAUAUUUUAGUUAGUGCAGACUACGACACAAUUUUAUAAAAAAAAUCCCCCAAAAUAUUCAUGAUCCCUAUGUUAUUUUGUUUAGAAUCCAUGCUGGUAUGCCAUAUAUAACAUGCAGCAUAUGGGAUGCCAUAUAUAACAUGCAGCAUAUGGGGUGCCAUAUCCAUGGAUAUGCCCUGUACCACAUGGUAUGCCAUAUAUAACAUGCAGCAUAUGGGAUGCCAUAUCCAUGGAUAUGACCUGUACCACAUGGUAUGACAAAUAUAACAUGCAACAUACGGGAUGCCAUAUUCAUGGAUGUGCCCUGUAUAACAUGGUAUGCUGUAUCCAUGGAUAUGCCCUGUACCACAUGGUAUACUGUAUCCAUGGAUAUGCCCUGUACCACAUGGUAUACUGUAUCAAUGGAUAUGCCCUGUACCAUAUGGCAUGCUAUAUCCAUGGAUAUGCCCUGUACCACAUGGUAUGCUGUAUCCAUGGAUAUGCCCUGUACCACAUGGUAUACUGUAUCCAUGGAUAUGCCCUGUACCACAUGGUAGGCUAUAUCCUUUGAUAUGCCCUGUACCAUAUGGCAUGCUAUAGCCAUGGAUAUGCCCUGUACCAGAUGGUAUGCCACAUAUAACAUGGAGCAUAUGGGAUGCCAUAUUCAUGGAUAUGACCUGUACCACAUGGUAUGCUGUAUCCAUGGAUAUGCCCUGUACCACAUGGUAUGCUGUAUCCAUGGAUAUGCCCUGUACCACAUGGUAUGCUAUGUCCAUGGAUAUGCCUUGUAUCACCUGGUAUGCUAUAUCCAUGAAUAUACCCUAUACAAUAUGGUAUACCAUGUGCAGAUAUAUAUCGGACAUACGUUAGGGUUAUAUAUUGUGUGUCAUAUCCAUGGAUAUGCCGUCUAUCACAUAUCCAAGUGUCAUAUUCUGUCCGAGGUGUCCAUGUGAACAGUUAGUUUGCACUAAUUCAUAUAUGUUUUGAAUACAGUGAGCUUCCAGUAUUUGGUAUUAUUGACUGUAUAGCCUCUUGAUUCCCGUGAUAUAAAUAUGCAAAUUUAUGCAAAUAUUGUACAAUAUAUUCCUAUAGUAUCAGCAGCUUCGAUUUAUGUUGCCAAAAUCCAACAUGACUGACUGAAUUCUGUGACACUGCUAUACCGAGACUGGAUUUAUUUUGAAUUUUAUUUAUUUCAUUUUUGGUCUUUUUUUGGUCGUAUAUGAUCUCAGAGUGACUUGGAUGUCAAUGGCAUUAUUUUUACAGCAAUCUCAUAUCUUCUAUUUGUGUGAUACAACACAAACUUUGUGUGGAUAGUAAAUGCAUGCUGGCUAUAGAUAUGGAUCCUAGAGAUCAUUAAUUGUUAACUAAAUAUCGAUCAGUUGUCUUAAUUAUCAGAAAAGUACCUUUGAGCAAAUGUUAAAAAAACUCAAAUGUAACAACAUAUUUAAGUUGGUAAUUUUGUAAUUUGUGGACAUUUAAGACAUAACAAAAUCGGUUGUUUUCCGUCUGAUGUUCUCAUUAAACUCAGGUCUACUGCUGAACAAAGAUCUUAGGACCUUCCAUUAUGGGUCUUGUUAGAAUGACCUUCAUCCGACCAUUCAGAGCGUCGCUUACCAGAUCAGGAAAGUCACAGUCUGAAUGUUUUCUGAUCAUGCAACCUUGAAAAGGUCAACACGGGGUAUUCCGAACUACAGUUAUGGGCUGUACAACUGAUUCCAUCACAGUCAUCAUCUAUCUCGAAACUUCAAGGGGAUAAACACUUGAACAGGACAGUCUUUGCAUAGCUCGUGGGAAGUACUGCCAUACAAUCUCGGCCAUCUCGAACAUUCCAGAAUGUUCUUUUGUUCACUUUACAAAUUUUAAAUCAAGAAUACUUUUCAAAGUGUAGUCUGGAAUUGAAUUCGUCAGUUUAAAACUAAUGCUGUAUUGUUCGAGAAAGCUUUCUGAUUGGCUAAUUGACUUCUUGCUAGUCAUUUCAUUGGUCCAUCAAAGUCCACGAAAGGUUGUUCUGACGUGACCUGUAAUGGGAUGUCCUCAGAUCUUUGUUAAGGGGUAGCAAGAACUAAG